ACCAUAGUGUUAGUGCAGCGGUGUUGAAGUCGUGCAUGAGCGGUGUGGCUGACUGCAUCGGCAUUUUUCAUUCAUUGCCGGACGGCAUAGGCAAGUUGCGGUCGAGUUCAAGUUUGAGAUACCUAUGUAAACCUGCAAAAGUGAGAAAAUGCGCUUGUGUGUGUGUGUAUGAGAGAAAGAGAGAUGCAACAGUGAAAAGUGUUGAGCGAGAGUGCGACUAGAAUUGGCAUGCAAAGAAGGGGGUGUUGGUUGAAAGUGGGGAUUGGUAAUUUGAAAUCUGAAACUCCUAAGGUGAUAAGUAUAAUUAAUAUCUACAUAGGUGUUAUAUGAUGUAAUGUUAUGCAUUUUAAUGCGAUGUGAUGUCAUGUGAUUUAGCACAUCACUUUAUUAUUUUUUGUUAUUUGGGUAUGGUGCGUGCAUAACGUGAUGUGAAUGUGACAUUACAUAAAAUCGUUAGUAGUAGUGGAACUUAAGAAACAAUUCCAUGGCGUGAUAAAAAUGCGUUACUACAAUGUGAAUUUCCGCCGAUGUGAUGUGGAGAUCUUGGGAAAUUUCAAAUUAUGUUAAGUCCAUACUUCGAGAGCUUAAAAUCCUUAAAAAUUGUAUAUAUUUAGUUCAUAUCGCAUAAUGCUGACACGAUUUGUGUACUUUAGUAAGGUGAAAUUAUUUGAUACGUUGGUGAUGUGAUCUGAUGCUGGCGUGUUAUAAGGUUAAUCGGAAUUCGGUGACAAGGAAAACUAUUCCAAAACAUAUAUGUAUGCAUACAUACAUAAAACAACACUACUAAGAGAUGUAGUGCUUAAGCUGUUCAGGUCUAGGUCCUCAACUAACGAAAUAAUCUAAGAGCGGACUGUUUGCUUGGUGUCGGCCUACCAAGUAAUACCUAAGGACUCUUUCUGAGUCACUCAUUUGCUUCCGUCAAAGUGUUAUCUAGAUAAUGUAGGAAUCUUCGACAUUCUGUCACGCGACCCAGUAGAUAGUUUGUCGGGAUGUUGAUUAAGAUAUAGUACUGAUAGGUGAGGUUAGCUUGACUCAUCCGUACGAUCCCACAUAGACCAUUAGUUGAUCCCUAUUUUUACCAAGAAAAUCGAAGCAUAUGGUUAAACCUUAGUCAUCAUGCAUUUUUAGAAAGUUUUAUGAGUUUUAUAGUCCUUUGAUAUGCUGUUCCUUUCAGUGAGUAGAAGGAUAUUAAAGGGAGUUUCGAAAUUUUUUACACAGUGUCGAGUUAGUUGCUGAUGACCUAUGGCACAUCAGCACAAGUCUGUCAGCAGUCCUAAGACUUCCCACUUUAUAAGCUGAGCAGAUAUUUAGUUGUUUAUUUUUCGUCGUGAUGUACGUGUUAUAGCAAAGAAAGAGAAUUCAACUUUAAAAGUGAUGUCAGCUCGUGAUGUAAUAUCAUUUGAAGUUCCAAGGAAUGUGUUUAUACAUAAGUUCGGGUGAUGUCAUAAGGCCUUGAGCGCCAGAGUAGCCUGUCUGCUAAACUUCUGCUGCUUUUUCUGACCUUCUGAAUGACUGUCCCCUGACGUGGGCGAUAAACUCGUUCAAACCCUUCAAAUCUCCAGGACCGCAUGGCAUCAUACCCGCGCAGCUGCAAAAUGCUGCGGCGGUGCCGUGCCAUUGGCUAGACCCCAAUCUACGCGAACUGCGUAAGAUACGGGUAUAUUCCCAGGGGUUGGAGGGUCGUCAAGGUGGGGUUCAUCCCGUAGGGCGGAAAGAGUUCUCAUGUGACCGCCAAGGAUUUCCGGCCAAUCAGUCUCUCAUCAUUUCUACUGAAAACGCUAGAUAGGCUGGGUGACCUGCAAACAAAGAGCGUGAUUCCUCGAAAUCGCCUAUCAAGAGUUCAUCAUGAUUGUUGUAGUGGUAGGUCGGUAGAAACCGCUCUACAGGCAGACAGAGGCGGAUAGAAGAAGCCUUCAUUGGCCUGAAAAGGCGCUCGUGAAACAUGAUCGCCAGGUAAAGAGUGGCUAUGUGUGGCAUUGAUGCGCGAUCGUAAGGUCCUUCUGUCCGAGAGUGGACAGGGGGCGUAGAGGGCAAUCCUCACACUCACAAAGCCACAGCUCUCACUUUUGGUGGGAGUUUUAACGGGUCACUGUCCAAAUCGGUAUGCACGCAGUAAGGCUGAGCAUACUACCGGACCCCGUAUAUCGCAGUUGCCGCUAAGAUGACGAGUUGGAAUGACCACAAUACCACCUCGUUAAGUGCCCAGCGUUUGCGAGGGUAAGGUUGAAGUACUUUGGCUCUCACAUCCUUAGUAGCCCCGAGGAGCUCUGGGGCAUUGAAAUUAGCCGAAUCCUAAUUAAAUAUUCGGCUCGGGGCGUUUUAUCUAUUAAGUAUUGGGUGGCGUUCAGAGUGUGGUAUUACAGAGGAAAAUAUCCUAAUUGUCCAAGCGAGUCCCCAUUACACGGGGCUGCCACCAAACCUAACCUAUGUAUGUUUAUAUCAGUGGUACACACCGAGACGCAAAUAGUCAUGCGACUUGAUAUUGAUGUGAUGUGAUAUGAGGCGAAGAGAUAACUUACUUGCCUGCCAUAUUUAAGAGUUUAUUGAGAGCGAGGAGAGUUAUAAAAGUGUUUGAGAAAAACGAGUGCUAUUUCGCAUCAAUUGCGCUCAGGGCUUGAGCCAGUCACCCAAUUAUAAUAGCAAUAAUAAGGCAUUCCUACUCGACUUGGCAUAGCGAUACUAUCAGCAUUGGCGUCGUCGUCAUUCAUUCUAGCCACUUUGCGUGCUCACUUACAGAAACUCAACACACCUUAAACCUAUACUAAAUUUAAUGAGCGGUAAAAUGCAUGUGUUGGAGAGAGCGCAUCAGCUACACCAACACUUUGUUGUUAGCGGUCGGGGUGCACAAGGUGCAAUUCAAAUACGAAGUGUACAAUGCGAAUAACCGAUAAAGCAAGCGACUAAAGAAAAGGUACAUACUACAAUUAGCAAUGAAGAAUAACGUAGAGAGGUGUAAAGUAUUCGGUUAUUCGAUUAGUGAAGUGGCAAGUGGUGAAAUGCGUUUAAAAUGCAAUAGUAUGUAUGUAAGCUGAAAUGCCGAUUGUGGGGCUGCGUUGGUGUAGGUGAGAGAAGUGCAUACACCACGAAACAAAGCAAUAAACAAAAUGCUAAAUGCAAACUGGGAAGAGUGUAUUCAUAUAAAAGUCAAGAGUAUACGUUUGUCUAAGUGUUGCGGAGCAGAUACGAAUAUUCUGCCAGUAGUCGGCAGCUGUGGUGAAUUGUGUUCACAAAAAUAUACUUCAACAACGGCGUUUGCGCUGCUAUUUUGCCUUUUGCCUCUGUAUCAACGUUUGCUGUUGUCUGCUCAAAAAUCGCUUUCAUUGAUUUCAGUGUUUGUUUGGACUUCAACGUUAGCGGUGGAUAAUUCGGUUGAUAAUACGAACAUAUUCGCUUGUACAUAUAUGUAUAUACACCAACUAUAUACGGCAGCGUAGAGGCAGAGGCGAGCGAGACCGCUUUUGAACAAUAGCAAAAUAGAAAAACGCUACACAGUGCUACGACUUUAGAAUGAAAAAAAACAUACCUACAUAGUACAUACUAAGUGCAUAGUUGCAUACAUAUGUAUGUAUGUACAAACAUACAAAGUAACAAGUGCAAGCGAACAUCAAUGGUUUUUUAUAUGAUGUUACGAGUGAUGUACUAGAAAAAAAAGUUUAAAAUUUUGAAUAUUCUUUCGAAUACGGAAACCUGCAAAGAAAAAGUAGCUGAAAAUUACCUGAAAGUACCUACAAUUUUUGAAGACAAAAAAACCAUAAAAUUAAAACUAAAUCAAACCAGCUUGAAAAUAAAAGUAAGUGCCACCAGCAGUCGGGCGCCGUUGUUAUUGUAAAUAUUCGACGAUUUUUUCGAAAGUUUUCCUUUUACGCGAACGUUAGCUUGUGCCGCGGCGCGUUAUUUGACGCGAAUUAAAGCGCGAGCGGGUAGCGAGGCAUAUCUACAUAUAUGCUAAACAACAACAGUAACAACUCGUUUGCAAGUGAAUGCUAAAUCAAUGAGCAAAUGUUAAGUGCAAUUUUAACAACAACAACAGCGCCGUGCUGUUGAAAAUUUUUACGACAGUUUUUAUUUUUUUUAUUUUGGUUCUAAAAUUUACCACAAAAGUGCAAUUUCAACGACAACAACUCAGUGUUUCGCGUGUGUGUGUGUGUGUGCGUGUGCCUGUGUGUGUACGCGCGCCUUCUAAACGAAAUGUUUGUGUCUAACUAUAGCUGCUAGUUUAGCUAGAACGCUGCGUGGCGCGCUUGUAUCGCGUGGGAAAAGUGCAUUUCCGCUUGUUUUCGAGCGCACUUUCAAAGUAGAAAAUAAAAAUAAGCACAUUUUGAAAAAAAAAAAAUAAAAAUACAUAAUUGUGUGCGACUUUUGCUUGCAUAUAAAUGCACGUGAAAACGAAAUUUGCAUGUGCACAAAUGGCGUUUGGCAUGAAGAUGAUUAAAAUGUAAGUGAUUUGCAAGCGAAAAUAAAUUUUUGAAUUUAAAAUUUUUUAUGCAAAAAAAUUUUUUUGUGCUAGUUAAAAUUCACGAAUAGUAUACAGAAAGGCAAAAUAUAAAUAUAACGAAAUUAAAAAAAGGAAAUCAAUCGCAAAAAAUGUUGCAAAUUUCAACACUUCAACACUUCAAAUCCAAUUUCGCUGUUGCUAAAAAUGUGUGUUACUUGAAUCCAAAAAUACGCCACCACCAGAAACUAGCAAACAUCGUAGCAUAAGAGACAGUGUCAAAGCCGCAUCAGCGGGCAAAAACGAAAAGAAAUAAAUUUCAGAAAUUAAUUUAAAAAAGUCUUGACGAAAUGUACUUGCGUUCGUAAAAUUUGCAAAUUAACAGCAGAAGAAAACAGCAGCAGACAGUCAGCCAGCGUGUAGAGAAAGCGCAAUCAGUGGAAGCAGGCAAGCAAUCGAUACUUAGCUGAAAAGGCAAACAAGUGGUGCGGCAAAGUGACAAUAUACAUACAUACAUAUGUAUGCGUGAAGUUGGCCGAAGAAACAACAACAAAACACUGCCACAAAAAAAGGCACAUCAUGAAGUCAGUGUCGCACAAAUGUAAUAAGAAUAAACAACAAAGACAAAGCACUCAUACGCGCAGCAGCCGCGCUACGCACUUGCCUACUUGUCUUACUGCUGCCGCUUAAAGAUCAUAAGCCAGCAGUGGCAUCAUAACAAUCGGCUAAAAGAAUCUCGUGUCUGCUGCUGCCACCUUGCCUCAGCGCCUCUAUAUAGGCAACGUCGUUGUCUGCUGCUUGCAGUUACCGAAACAAUAAAAAUAACAGACGUACGUUGCUUGCCAACAGUCUACUUACAUACAUACAUAUGUACAUACAUAAACUGUGCUUUCUUACUUACUUGUAUGCUGGUGUCGUCUUAAGCGCCACUGGCGUCUGAAACUUAUAUAAAAGUUAGAUAGCAGCAGCAGCAGCAUCCGACAGAUACGUGGCUCGUAUCAACCACCCACUUACCUACAAACCUGUCGAUUGUGCGUGGCAUGUGUCUGUGUGGUCGCCCGUCGUCGGUAUCCCGAAGGUGCGUCUGGCAUUUUACCCAUAUUUUCAUGCUCGUCGUCUUGUUUUUUUUUUUUGGAAUAUCGACAUAACUGCUGCGACUGCUGCAUGUAACUGUCUGCUCAAGGUCUAUUCAACAACAAGAUGAACAACAACAAUAAAAAGCUAUUAUAUGCCAGCCAGCAAUCAUAAAAAAAUAACAGCUGAGCUGCGCUGCGCCUGAACGAAAGUCUGUUGGUGUCCGUCUGGAGCCGAAACAAAGCAAGUGAAGAAGAAAUUCUGCGUUUUUCUUGUGUUUUAGAAAACUUAGAGAGCAGGCAAAAUAAAAACUGUGGCAAGCAGUGAAGACAAAUAGCAAUAAAAAAAAAAAGAAAAUAGUUUUCCUCUUCUGCUCGAUUGCGUCUGCAGUUAUUCGUUUAACUGCGACGCCGCCUCCUCGGGGACACAUUUGUAUGCGUAAACGCAACUACAGCAGACAGUAAAGCCAGACCGUCAGCCAGCAAUAGCGAAAACAAGCGCUUGGAGCGUUGCAAGAGAUAUGGCAAAAUAGAUUGGCAGAGGGAGGUUUCGGAAAAACUGUGGCUGUCUUUUGUUGGAGAGGAAGAGAACAAAUAAAUAGAUACAUGCUUGGCAGAGCACAUAAAUCCUGCAAUAAAGAUUAAUUACACUACUACAGUUUAAUACCAUUUUUUUUUUGGUAACGGAGAUUAAAAAAAAUGGAGGCGGAAAAAUAAAGAAAAGAAGAGCAAACUCGGCAGAAUAAGCGAAAUCACUAAGAAAACUUGGAAUAAAAUUUUAGAGCAAUAAAAACUUCCAAGUCUUAAGAAAUAUUUGCUGUUUUCUAACAUCAAUUAGAAAAUCAUUCGGAGUAAACAAUUAAAAAAGGAAACAGCACAUAAAAGCUACUGCCUUUAGUUACAAGUCUUUAUGCGCCGCGCACACAUAAUUUUCUGCCGGUAACCUGUCACCAGUCAGCACACAAAUGUGUAACCCAAUUUACAAAAAAAUGGCCUUAAAAUAAAUUUAAACACACAAGUUAAAAACAACCAUUUAUUUUAAAAAUAAAUUUUUAAUUUAAAUUUGCACAAAAUUUAAACCUACAACACCUCAUCUACAAAGCGUACUUGAAAUUAGUAAACAAAAAAACCAAAAAACAAACCUACAACCAAAUCAGGCUACCUUCAACAAACAAGUACCGAAAAGCGUUAAAUCCCCCCCAAAAAAAAACCUAAAUGGAUUUAUAUUGCUAUCAACCGACGCCACCUGCCUCACUCAUGGAUUAUCCCGUUGGACCGCAUCAAUUACAAAACACCAACGGCAUUGGCAUCAAUAAUACCAAUGCAUAUUUCGCCAACAUUUAUACGAAUGGUGGCGGCAACAACAGCAACAACAAUACUAAUAAUAGUAACAACAAUAACAGCAGUAAUCAUUAUAAUCAUCAUAGUAAUAGUGAUAGUUCAUCGGUGGCGACAACCACGACGACAGCAACAAAUUUUGGUGAUUGCAUUGGAUUGGAGCGAGCAUUCGAUUUCUACAGCGAUAGAGGUAUGUUUCCAAAAUGUUUUACUGAUGACUAUAUUUCCGCAAGCGAAAUGGGUAUGUUUCUAACGCCAAGUGAUGCAAAGAGUCAAAUUUAACUUGCUACCCAAGUAAGAUCCCCUAAUUACGUAGGUACUGAAAAGUAUAUUUUAGUAACAAAUAGGGCUAUAUAAUUUUAGUAAUCAUAAUUGAAAAUUACGGCUUCCUGUGACUUAAAAAAUUACUUUCAAAUGCCAGCAAACGAACAGCAAAAUAAAGUAAAUAAAAAAGCAUAGCUUUAUGAUCAAUAUUUUGUAUUACUUUAGCAUAAAAAAUCCCAUAAUUGCAUAGGUCCCAAAAGUAUAUUUUAGUAACAAAAAAGUUACCAACAUAAU